GAUCUUCCUUUGUCCUCCUCAGCAAGCAAAGCACAAAACGAUCCACACCCUCAACAAACGACCCACACCCUCAGCGGCCGGUGAUCGAGAAGAACCAGCCGGCGGCGGACGGCGGCGAGAUGUGGUCACCGCAGGUGAAAGCCCGAGGCGGCGGAGGAGAAGGGCUGAGGCAGUACUACACGCAGCACAUCCACGAUCUCCAGCUCCAGCUCCGCCAGAAGUCUCACAAUCUCAAUCGCCUCGAGGCGCAGCGCAACGAUCUCAACUCCAAAGUGAGAAUGUUGAGGGAGGAGUUGCAACUUCUUCAAGAGCCUGGAUCAUAUGUUGGCGAAGUAGUGAAAGUUAUGGGAAAAUCAAAAGUUUUAGUUAAGGUUCAUCCAGAAGGAAAAUAUGUUGUCGACAUUGACAAGAGUAUUGAUGUUACCAAGAUUACGCCUUCAACUAGAGUUGCUCUUCGCAACGAUAGCUAUACACUUCAUUUGAUUCUGCCCAGCAAAGUUGAUCCAUUGGUUAAUCUUAUGAAGGUCGAGAAGGUUCCAGAUUCUACCUAUGAUAUGAUUGGAGGUCUUGAUCAGCAAAUUAAAGAGAUAAAGGAGGUUAUCGAGCUUCCAAUCAAGCAUCCUGAACUGUUUGAGAGCUUGGGAAUAGCGCAACCUAAGGGUGUGUUGCUUUAUGGGCCACCAGGUACAGGAAAAACUCUGCUUGCUAGAGCAGUGGCUCAUCAUACUGAUUGCACCUUUAUAAGAGUGUCUGGUUCUGAGUUGGUUCAGAAAUACAUCGGAGAAGGCUCUAGAAUGGUUCGUGAACUUUUCGUUAUGGCUAGGGAGCAUGCCCCAUCAAUCAUCUUUAUGGACGAAAUUGACAGUAUUGGUUCUGCUAGAAUGGAAUCUGGGAGUGGUAAUGGGGAUAGUGAAGUGCAGCGAACAAUGCUCGAGCUUUUGAAUCAGCUUGAUGGAUUUGAAGCAUCAAACAAAAUAAAAGUUUUGAUGGCUACAAAUAGGAUUGAUAUUUUGGAUCAAGCCCUUCUCAGGCCUGGUCGUAUUGACAGAAAAAUCGAGUUCCCUAACCCCAAUGAAGAUUCCCGUUUCGAUAUCUUGAAGAUUCAUUCAAGAAAGAUGAACUUGAUGCGAGGAAUUGAUCUAAAGAAGAUAGCAGAAAAAAUGAAUGGUGCCUCUGGGGCGGAACUCAAGGUACAUUUCCAAUAUUCAUGAACACAAUGUAGGCUA